UCAUGAGUGGAGGAAACGCGCCCGCGCCGCGUGCGCCUACUCGCGCCCACUCCACUAAUCCCUCUUGGUAGAUCCCUUUGGCAUAAGUGAUAGGAAUAAAAAGGCCUAGAGAUAAAUUUCAGUGCCACUAGUAAAAAAAACUUAUCAACGUACGUUAACAAUACAACGUCUAUAUUUUAUAAGCCAUGGAAUAGCGAAAACAUGCUUAAAUGGUUUCUCUACGUAAGUUAUCAUUACUGAUAAUAAGGACGUAGGCGCGAAAAACGGGACACUGGCAACAUUGGUUAACAUUUUAUCUUUUUACGUUAUCUGUUAUCGCGAAUCCGAUGAUUAUAUAGUGAAAACAGUUGAAUCAAGGCGAAAAAUCUUUCAUACGGAAAUGUACAAAAUCUUAUUUUGUACAACAAGUAUUGUAGUUAAUCUGUGCCUAUUUUGCAUUGGAUAUGUAGCCGGUCAAGUUCAGCUGCAACAAGUGCAGAACAAGCUGGUAUGCAUCGAGCUCGAGGAAUGCGGAAAAUGCCUGUCCGCAGCGUCGCACUGUCGUUGGUGUGCUGAUCCGUACUUCAAGGCUCCUUCUACACGAUGUGAUGAUGAAAAGAGCCUUGUACUAGCGGGAUGCAGUCAAGCGGCGAUCCAGCGUCCAGAGGCCCCAGUGUGGAAUGUGACCGACAACCGCCCCUUACAGGACGUCCCCACUGGCAGUUCAGAGGUUGACAAAGCCGUACAGAUACAACCGCAGAAAGUACACCUGUCGCUGAAGCCACGGCAAACGGUCAAAGUUAAAUUCUCGUACAGGCCCGCCAGGAACUAUCCCCUCGAGUUGUACUACCUGAUGGACCUCACGUACUCUAUGCUGGAUGACAAGGAGACCUUGGUCUCUUUAAGGGAUGAUUUGCCACCGAUGCUGAAAAAUCUCACCGCCAAUUUCAAAAUAGGAUUCGGUAGUUUCUUAGAAAAACCCCUAAUGCCGUUUAUUCACAUGGACCAGAAACGGCGGAAAAAUCCCUGCGCGGUUUACGACCAAGUGUGUUCGCCUACGUACACCUACAAACAUCAUUUAUCUAUAACGGAUAAGGUUGAAGAAUUCAUAGCAAGUGUAAACCAAAGUUCUGUGUCAGCAAAUGUAGACAACGCAGAAGCCCAAUUGGACGCUCUGGUACAGGUGUUGACUUGUGGAGAGAAGAUCGGGUGGGCGGAGCAUAGCAGGAAGAUUGUGCUCAUAUUGACAGACGGAGUUUUGCACUGGGCUGGAGACGGGAGGCUUGGUGGCGCAACAAUGAAAAACGACGAAAAGUGUCACCUAGAUGAGGACGGGUACUAUUCAGACUCUGUAAUUUACGACUACCCGACCAUUGCUCAGAUUCAUAGACUGCUAGGCAAAUACAAGGUAAAUGUAAUAUUUGCAAUAACACAAGAACAGAAAUCUCACUACGACAGUCUCCAUGAACUUCUUGGCGAUUUCACCUACGUAGCAAAACUCGAAAGUGACAGUUCCAACAUCCUCAAAGUAGUCAAAACAGGGUACGAAGAUAUCGUAAGUGUAGUAGAUUUUCAAGAUGACGCAAAGAAAGGACCAAUUAAAGUGAAGUAUUUUACCGACUGUGGCGUGGAAGGAGCCCCAAUGAUUGAAGCUACCAAGUGCACUGGCGUUGAGCAUGGCAUGACGUUGAACUACGAAGCUCAUCUUACGUUGGAUCAUUGUCCGACCUAUGAUAAGUCCACACAAACCAUAUUGAUCACUGAAAGUCAGCUCGGUCAGGAUUCCAUGACGUUGACGGUGGACCUUCAAUGUGGGUGCGAUUGCAAGGCUGAGUCUCCGUCUCUCAUGUCCCAUACUUGCGGGCCCAAAAGGCAUCUUGUUUGCGGGGCUUGCUUGUGCAACCCGGGAUGGUCAGGCCCCAACUGCGACUGUUCAACGGAAGACGAGGCAGCAUCAGCAGCGUUGAUUGCUAAAUGUCGUGACGCCAACGCGACGCGAUCGGUCCCUUGCUCAGGUGUAGGAGAGUGUAUCUGCGGAGAAUGUGACUGUGACGAAGGAUAUAAUGGGAAAUAUUGCCAGUGCGAAGACUGCGGAAUUGCGAAAGACAACGAACUGGAAUGCGGUGGCCUGGAACGUGGCGUGUGCGCUUGCGGGAAGUGCUCUUGCGAAUCCGGAUGGACCGGCGACACGUGCUCCUGCCCCUUGGAUAAUGACACUUGUAUCGCACCUGAAGCUGAGCAAAUUUGUUCAGGGCGCGGAGUAUGCGUCUGUGGCGUUUGCGAGUGCUCGUCAGUAGACAACGAUGAUAACAAAUACACCGGCCAGUACUGCGAGGUUUGUACAACCUGUAAGGAUCCGAUGUGCGCCACGACAGAGUCCUGUGUCUGGUGUCACCUGAACAACACCUGCACCGACAUGUGCAGUAACGAGGGGUACAACUACACUGUUAGCAACAGGAUGAUGGAGCUAGGUGACUACAAUAUAACGGAAUCAGACGAAGACCCUAAAAGCAUGCCUUGCAUAUUUCGAGUUGAAGACGACAACCAAGAAUGCCAGUACUACUACACAUACACACCUGCUAACAAAUCUACAAUAGCAAUGGACGUCGUCAUUCACUCCAAGACCUGCGUCCAACCCACAUCAGCUACAAUAAUGACAAGCGCAUUAGCCAUCAUAAUCUGCAUUUUAUUAGCUGGAAUUAUAUGCAUACUAUUUGUUAAAACUGCACAUAUAAUAUCAGAUAGAAGAGCGUACGCCAAAUUUAUUCAGGAGGCAGAAGAAAGUAAACAGAACAUGCAGGAGUUGAACCCUUUGUAUAUAUCUCCGAUUUCGGUGUUUCGGUUACCAGAAUCUUUUCCUAGGGAUAAGACCGAUUGAUGUAUUUAAUGUUUUUAACUGACUUCAAAAAAGGAGGUUUUUAAUUCGACUGUAUUUUUGUGUGUGUAUACACACAUCAAAAAAAGUUUGCGAUCAAUAGCAUAAGCUCC